UGUGUCUUAGACAAUGUAGAAGGAAAGUUUGUGGAUUCAACAGUAAAACUUACUGAGAAGGUGAAACUGGAAUGCAGAUAUCCCCAAAAAGCCGUAAUAAUCCAUACAUCCUGGAUGAAACUUAAUGUAACUCAUAAAGAAAAUAUAGCUGUCUUGCAUCCAAUCUAUAGCAUACACAUUGAAGACAAAUACAAUGGCAGAAUUUAUUUUUAAAAUUAUUCCAGGGAAGACAAAUCCUUAUCCUUCAUCUAGAGCAGUUUGGAGGAUGUUGGUCUUUACUUCUGCUCCACUGUAACUUACCCAGAUGGAAUUUGGGAAAAGAUAAUAGAAGUUAUUGAGCCAGCUGAUGCUUUUGAAGUAUCUGAGAAACAAAAUAAUCCCAUGUUUACCAAGCCAGGAGGAAAUGCUUUUACUUGCCCUUAUAAAAUUGGAGAUUCAGUGCAGCAAGUGAAGUGGGAAAGGAUUAAAGCAGAUUGGGUAGAUAUUGUUCUGUGCAGCUUGUCAGGAAAACAAAGCUUUGGUUCAAAUUUCAAAGAGCGUACACUGGUGGAUUGCUCUGAUCAGGAAAACUCCAUGAUUGUCAUUCAAAACAUUACAGAUUCUGACUUUGCAACAUACCGCUGCCUAGCUACUGGAAUAAACACAACCUGUGUAAGGAGUUUUACUGUGGCUGGAACUUGGAAUCGUGGAUAGUUUAUUAUCUACAUAGCUAUAGGAAUUUCUGCUGCUGUCUUACUGUUAGUUUACCAACUGAUUUUCUGCAUCAUCACUGCUUAUUGCAAAAAAAAGAAGAGGAAGAGGAUCACAGAGGCCUUAUCAACAGAUUUUUACUCUACUCAGAUCCAGGACAAUGGAGAAAAAGACCACCCUGUUGCUCCUACUGGCAAGGGUGAUAGCAGCCAACAUGGACAAUGCAGACUUGGACGACAAUGUGGUGACAAAAAUGGUGGUGGGAUUUGUUCAAAUGAUGAAUCUAACCUUCGUAACAGUUUACGUACCUACUCCCAAGCCAGCAGAAGACCCUUUACCAAUUUUUGUGCAGGACAUUAA